AAUUGAAAAACAAAUAUAUUCGACGUAUUUUUAACGCUUACUGGAUGAUAUAAGUAGAGAUUUUUUUCUGUCAAACACAAAAAAAAAAAAAAAAAUCAUCGUGAAACGUUGGAAAGCGACGAGCAUCGGCAUCAGAUCUCGUGCGGCGGUUGUGUUCUUCGGGUUUAGAAUAAAAGGAAAGGAUAGGAGAUGGGGCUGUCAUUUGGGAAGCUGUUCAGCAAGCUGUUUGCGAAGAAAGAGAUGCGUAUUCUCAUGGUUGGUCUCGAUGCUGCUGGUAAGACCACCAUCCUCUACAAGCUCAAGCUUGGUGAGAUCGUCACCACCAUUCCCACCAUUGGUUUCAAUGUUGAAACUGUGGAGUACAAGAACAUUAGCUUCACCGUGUGGGAUGUCGGGGGUCAGGACAAGAUCCGUCCACUGUGGAGACACUACUUCCAGAACACACAGGGACUUAUCUUUGUCGUGGACAGCAACGAUCGUGACCGUGUUGUUGAAGCCAGGGACGAGCUUCACAGGAUGCUCAACGAGGAUGAAUUGAGGGAUGCAGUUCUGCUUGUUUUUGCUAACAAGCAAGAUCUCCCCAACGCUAUGAACGCUGCUGAGAUUACUGACAAGCUUGGCCUUCACUCUCUCCGCCAACGCCACUGGUACAUUCAGAGCACUUGUGCCACCUCUGGAGAAGGACUCUACGAGGGUCUUGACUGGCUCUCCAACAACAUUGCUAACAAGGCAUAGAAAGGAGGUAGCAAGAUUCCUCCCUGCUUGUUUCGCUAGUACUAUAAAAACGAAACCAAGAUUUUAUUAUCAUAUGUUCGUCUUCUCGCAUCUCAAACUCAAAACCAUAUCACAUUUUGUACUUUCCUUUAAUAACUCACCUCUUUUACUUUCGGAUAUUAAUUUCUUUAUUCAAA